CGAGAGAGCGAGCGAGCGGACGAGUACUGCUGAGGAGAGUGGAAGAGCGCGCUCAAGUCAGUGAUGCUGUCGCCCGGACAACAACAUACAGUUCAGACACACAAAAGAAGCGGUGCAAACAAACAGAUGCCAACAUAACGCAAAGACAAUCCAAAAACCCCUUAGUGACUGAAAUAUAACGAGUCUUGUGCAAUACUAAGAUUUGAUGAAGUAGUUUGUGGUGUUGUUUACAUUAAGAAAAAUAAGACAAGUGCAGUUCACUGCAGCGCUGUCUCGCUGGCACAGAGGAAGUGCAAACCUUCACGUCCAUCCAGAGUGACUCAGUGCCUGCCAUGGAUUCGGAAGAUGAACCCUUGUUGCUCCAAGGUACCUGGAACCUAAGCGAGUUUGAAGAGCAAGAGGAGGAGGAGGAAGAUGAGGAGGAGGAGGGAGAAGAAGGAACAGAACGAGCAAAUGGAGAUGAGCAGGUCUGUAAGGGUUUGUGGUGGGCUUUGGGCUGGGUGUACACGCAGCCCUGGGCCAGCGGGCUGGUUCUGGCUGUGGGAUUUCUGGUACCCUUCACCCUCUCGGCUUAUAUGUUCCUUCACUGUGAACCGUUAGACAUUGACCUUUCCUACAGCGCAUUCGAGGUCAGGAGUCAUGCCUCUGCGGAACGUUUUGACGCUCUCGCCAUUGCCCUGAAAAGUCAGUUGGGGUCUUGGGACAGGCAUAGGCGUGACGCCGAGGGAUUUGACCUUGAAGCCAAUGCUCUGAGGGACCUUUUGUUGCUCAUGGUAAACAGAAAAGGGAAGGACGUCUCUACAAUGGCGAAUGUCACAGAACCUGCUGGGAUCUUGGGGCAGACUGAGAUAGGGAUACACAAUGACAACAGACAGUUUGGAAAUGAGAAAAACAACAAGACGAAAGAGGAAAAGACUGACUCGACAAACCCUAAGAUAGCGGCAAGCCUCAAUUCUAGUGAUGCUGAUAAUCACAGGAAGCCAGACUCACCCUUAAUAAGGGAGCGAAGAUUUGCAGGCUACUCCUACCUCCAGACCCAGGCCCUGUGGAGGAUAGAGCUAGUUUUUGUGGCCCAGGGCGACAAGGAUAACAACAUUUUCACCCCCGAACGCCUUCACACCAUACACCAUGUGGAGAGACUUCUAAUGCAGCACCCUCAGUUUCAGCAGUUCUGCUGGAAGCCACUGGAGGCAUUGCGAGACUUGCCCCUGGGACCUUCCUUUUGCUCCCCUCCAAGCUCCCUCCUGUCCUACCUCUUUCCCAGUGAGCGUGCAGGGAAGAUCUACUAUGAUGGAAUGGGACCUGAUCUAGCUGAUAUACAUGGUGCCCUGAGCUUGGCGAUCACCCAUCCACAGUUUUACUGGUAUGUGGAUGAGACUCUCACACCAGACAAGCUUCAGUCCUCUCUUCUUCGCAGUGAGAUCCAUUUUGGAGCUCCUCUCCACUCUUUCUACUCUCUUCAAGACAGACCUUUAGAACAGAGACGUCUCUUCAGAGACUUUGUGGUGCAGUAUGCUGAUAUCCUUUCACAACAAUCCACCAGUAAAGUGAAGGUGUUGUACGGGGGUACAGAGUUAUUUGAUGAUGAGGUGCGGAAGACCUUCCACAGUGACAUGUUGCUGGCGUUGUUCAGUGGAGGAUGCAUUACUGUCCUUGUGUACGUUCUAACCUCAUUUUCUGUGUUUCUGACAUUCUUUGGCUUGGCCAGUAUUGGUCUGAGCUGUCUCGUGGCGCUCUUCUUGUAUCAUGUGGUGUUUGGAGUGAAAUACCUUGGCAUUCUCAACGGAGUUGCAGCCUUUGUCAUCAUUGGCAUUGGUGUGGAUGAUGUGUUUGUGUUCAUAAGUACUUUCAGACAGUCAGACCACCUGACUUGUUCAAUGCAGCGUAUGAUUUACACAGUAAAGACAGCAGGCAGAGCCACGUUCCUCACGUCCUUCACGACGGCAGCAGCAUAUGCUGCAAACACCUUCUCACAGAUCCCAGCGGUUCAUGACUUCGGUCUGUUCAUGUCUCUCAUUGUGAGCUGCUGCUGGCUUUGGGUUUCCAUUCUCAUGCCUGCUGCCCUUUGCAUCUGGACCCAGUGUGGAGCUGCCCAUGGCAACGCCUGUCCCAAAUGGUGGACCACUCUAACUAAACUGUCCGCCAGCCCUAGUCCCCUCUCAGAUGAUGAUGAUGUUGCUCUAAUAACUGUUGAAAUGGAACCAGGUGUAUAUGACUCUGAAUCGGAUGCAGCCCUGCUGUCGCUCUCUGUAGAAGCUCCUUUGUCCGUGUCCACUGAGGGCAACGUGGGAGUUGUCAGUGCCCACCUUCAGAGGCUCCUGAGGCACUGGGUGGCAGAACCUGUUGUCGAAAAACGGAAAACUAUUAUAGGUGUGUAUGUUUUGGUUCUGCUGGGCUCGGUGUGGUGCUGUUGUCUCCUGCGGCCGGCCAGUCACGCGCCUGUGCUGUUCCACAGAGACACCAACCUGCAGAGACUGCUGGACCUGCGCAGUAACCUGAGUGCUCAGGGGAUCGCCUGCCAUAUGUGCUCGGGUGUUUUUAUGGAGCGACCUCAUAAUCUGCACAGCACUGCUGAUUUCACAAGCUCUACCUCAGGGAACCAUCCCACAAUUCCCUCAAACCAGUCCAAACCAGCAUCCAACAGCACCGCACAGACGCUCGCAGGUGGUCUCCUUACUGUCUAUGUGUUUAAACUGGAGAUGGGCUCUGCUGUUCCUCUAUAUCGCUAUUCACUAAGUGCCAGUGUACCUGCACCCUGGCAAGCAUCAUCGGCUGGGCACGGGGAUGUGCCGUUCUUUCAGGCCUACAGCAGUCCCCAUAGCAACUUCAGCACGCGGAUGACCGUGUGUGUGUCUCACGCCUAUCACCCCCGCCCUCGCUGGAUGCUUACACUGCGGUCAUGUGACGGCGGCCGUCGCUGGAGAUCAGAGUUUGAGUUCUACGUGGCUUCGGUUGAGCAGCAACACAGCAGGCGACUCUAUUUUGCCCAACACACCAUCAGCCCGUACCCCAGUCGUGUGUGUGACGGGCCGCCGGGGUGUGUGUUCAGCUCUGGGCCUGAUGGACCCACUCAGGGCAGCUUCUACGCCCCACUUCCUGCUGCUCCUACCCAGAUUAAGAUCUCCAGGACAUCAGGCUUUAACCCCUGCAGUGGAGGUGAAUGUGGGAAACCAGCAGUCCGCCCUCUAGUGGACACUGGUGCCAUGGUGUUUGUGGUGUUCGGCAUACUGGGGGUCAACCGCACUCAGCGCUCAGACAACCAUGUUAUUGGAGACCUGGGCAGUGUGAUCUAUGAUCCAGACUUUGAUGUGUUUAAUGAGAUCGGGCACUUGUGCAAGCUGUGCAAAGCCAUCAGUGCCAAUACCAAGCUGGUGAAGCCUGGUGGAGCUCAGUGUUUGCCAUCAGGAAACAGCCUCACAUCCAUUCUGCCCUUACUUCACCCAGAGUGUCACUCUCUUCCUGAGCCCAACCUCUUACCUGGCCAGCUAUCCCAUGGUGCAGUGGGCAUGCAAGGUGGUAGAGUUCACUGGAUCUCUAUGGCUUUUGAAUCAACCACCUACAAGGGAAAGUCUUCGUUUCAGACUCACUCUGAUUUCCUCCAAUGGGAGAGCUUCCUGCAGAAGCAGCUUGCAUCACUCCCAGCGUCGUCUGCCUUGAGAAGAGGCUUCCAGACCUGCCAACACUGGAAACAGAUCUUCAUGGAAAUUAUAGGUGUAGAGAGCGCCCUCUACAGUCUCCUGCUGUCACUUGCCAUCUGCAUCGCAUCAGUAGCUGUGUUUACUGCACAUCCACUUCUGCUGCUGCCAAUCCUGCUGAGCAUUCUGGGUAUGGUGUGUCUGGUGGUGGCGGUGAUGUAUUGGCUCGGGUGGGAGAUGGGUGCAGUUGAAGCCAUUUCUCUCUCCAUAUUGGUGGGCUCUUCGGUGGACUAUUGCCUGCAUCUUGUGGAAGGCUAUCUACUGGCGGGGGACCCUGAAACUUCAGGACUGGCUAAUCAAAGUUCGGACUCCUCCAUCAAACGGCAGCUACGGACCCUUGAAGCAGCCAAUCACGUGGGUGUUGCCAUAGUUUCUAGUGCCGUCACUACGGUGAUUUCAACCAUUCCACUCUUUUUUUGUGUCAUCGUGCCUUUCGCCAAGUUUGGUCAGAUUGUGGCCAUCAACACGGCAAUUUCCAUCGCGUUCACUCUCACGGUCACUACCGCGCUACUGGCGACAAUGGGACCCGCCGACUUCACUCGGCCCCCCAGAGCCGUGCUCAAAGCUGCUCUGGCGGUCCUGAUCAUGGGUGUCUGCGGAGGUCUGCUUUGGUGGACCGGAUCACAGUUUGCUCCUGACACACUGAUCUAAAUCACACGGCGAAUCCCUCCUGCACCCGUUUCAGACCGAGGAACCUCAUUCCAGGUGGAUUUCAAGUGUGCAACUGUGAUUUGUUUGUGAGUUGAGACAACAUACGUGAACAAGAACUCAUUAGGAAGCAAGUCGGGAAAAAAUGAAGUAUUUAACAUAUGUGGCACACUGUUAGAAAUUAGGAAACCCUGUGUGUGAAUAGUGAACAGUCUGCAUGAAGGUAGCGAGCCCUGAUAGACGUGGGAAAUGAUGUCGGGCACAUUUAGGCGAAUAACUCUUUGCUAUCAUAAAUCGAUCUGUCAGGGAUUUGCAUUAAUGUACGACCAAAAGAGUUGAUUAUUCCUUGAUGUUUUGUUUUUUAUUCACAACCUGAACUGAAGUGACCGAAGUGAUGUGAGGACAUGUCUUACAUUGGUUCAAGCGUGAUGAAGCCCUGAAGUCCCUGAAGAGAAGAACAUGAAUUCUGUGAAUUCAUCUCGCGUGCGGGAGCAGGACAACACUGAAGGAGAAAGAAAGUCAAAGACGAAGCUACUUUUUCACCGUCCUUGAGGGAUGUUGUGACAGCGUUGGUGUUUAACUCGAAAGUGAAUUAAUUGAACCCCAGAUGUAGAUGUCCCUACUGUACAUUUUGGUUAAAGUCAACAAGAAAUGAUUCACAAGCCGUUUUAAUUUUGCAAUGGAACAUAUUUCUGAGUCAUACAGGAUAUUAGGAAACACAGUAGGGCGGGAUUUGGUGCACGUCCUGAUUUUGCCGAGUUAGAUGCCUUUCUGGGUCAACAUAUUUUGUUGAUCCUGGAACAACAUUCCUGUCUGAAAAUUUAGUCCCUAUCCCUAACCAUACCCAUAACUUAUCCCUAAAAUCAGAGGGAAAUGAUAGGUGAAUAGCACAGAUGUAAGAGCACCAAACCCUGGUUUUAAGCCUAAUCUUGACAUAAAGCUGUAAACUUGUCCCUCAAAUCUGAUUGGUUGAUUGGAAUUGCAACGUUGAUCCAGGAACAUGUUCCAUCAGAAAUCGAUUGGAUGGUGAAAAGUGAAAGUUUACCCUCCAGUUUAUUUCACCCUAUCGCAAUGCUAAAUUGCUAAUUGGCUAUCGUAUAGUCCAAAAAGCCUUGGUUAUGGUGGCUGAAACGGAAGAGGAAGGAAACUUAUUUAACUAAAACUAAAAGUUAAAAAUUAAAAUGUUUAUUUUAUAGCUAAAAUAAAAUAAAAUAUGAUUAGAUGAAAAACUUCACUUUAAAAAACUUAAAUGAAAAUUAGAAAUGUUGAAGUACUAAAAUUACUAAAACUAAAAUAAAUAGAAAUUAAAGCUAACAACAAUAAAAAUGACUAUAAGUAUGAAUAAUGAAUAAAAGUAUUAAAAAUAUUAAAUACUAUAAUAGCAUAUGUAAUACUAUUAUAUUAAUACUACAUAAUACUAUAUAAUAAAUUAUAAUACUGGAAGAAAAGGAACGUUUUUUUGUUUUGUUUUUUUCCAACUCAGUCUCAUGAGAAAACAGCUGUUAUACAGUUUGGUGAAUUGGUGUUGAAUUCAUACAGUUUGAAUUGUAUGAAAACCUACAAUUUUUAGAAAAAAGCAUGAAGGUCCACCCCUAAGCCUAACCCUCAGAGGGGCGGAAGCAGAUCAUAUGAAAAUGUCUGAAUAAGAUUCAUAUAAAGUUGCCACCAAUGCACCAAAACAUAAAAUAGUUAUGAAUUUUCAUGAGUGCGUUGGUUUCUUCUUCGUAUAACAUGCUCAAUAAGGCCAGGAAUGUAAAUAGGAUCCAUUCUGAUUUUAUGUUGACUUUAAGGAACAGAAACAAGGGGCCUUAUUUAUAAAAUGUUGUGUAGAAACCAUCCAACAUUUGAUCUUACGAUCAUUUCUAAAACGUGCAUACGUGCGAUUCAGAAAACGAACGUACGCACAAAAAAAAAAAACAUGCUGUCUGCCACAAGGACUCUUUUCCAUGUCAAAAACAGUUUUUAUAAAUAUAAACGUAGGAGUGGAUUUUAGCGUACGCACACUCUUCAAGUUCAAAGCUGUGCGUACGCAUGUUUUAUAAAUGAGGUCCCAGGUCUCUGUUCCUCAUAACAACCAACAUUUUCCUACCUUAAUGUAAGAGGUUACUGUAUAUUGUUUUGUAUUUGUCAGAAAACCGUUGAGGAGAGUUGCAGUGCCGAUCAUAUUUCAAAGUAAACAUGAUAAAAGUUGUUUUUUUGUGUCUGGACUUUUGAUAAAAGUGUAAAAUCAUGGUGAAUUUCAUGCUGGCUUUUGUAAGAUUCUGGUUAAACAUUGAGUUCUGCAGAGUAAUGCUGUGCUUCUGAUGUGUUUUGUUAAAAUUCCCAGUGAAACCACUGUUCGUAUUCGUGUUUCUGCACACCAAACGGAUCCACUUACCCUGAUGUCUUUAUCUGUUUUGAUUGUUACCAUUGAUCUGUCUUUCAAAACAUAUAGACACACAAAGUCAUUCAAUCAACAGACCUUCAAUCAGCCUGAUCAUUUGACCUCCUAACCGGCAGUCUGGAAAUAAUACAGCACUUCAGAAGAAAUCCACAGACACUCGCUGUCCUCCUAAAAGCUCUCCACUGCGCUCCAGUGCCCUCUGCGUGCAGGAAUUUACAAACCGCAAAGAGUUUAUCUUCACAACACUAUCUGCUUAACUUGGGUGGUUUUCUGCGACACCUUUUCAGGAUAAAGGAUUAUUGUAGAGAAAUAUUCACAUAUUUAGACUUGCACACCAUACAGUACAUUCUGACAGUGAAUCUCACAAAGAAAUGUGCAGAUACAUUUUCAUCUUAAAAUUAUGUAGAAAAUCAUUUUGCAUCAAGAAAAUAAAACCUAUUUAGGAUAUUU